ACACAGUGCUACACUGGAACUUGUAGAAGAAGUGGUGUAUUCGCAACUGCCUAUAUCAAUAACGUGGCAUCGUUAUACUGUUCAAUAUUGUUUGAUUUUGUUGACUUGUUCAGAAACAACUUAUAUCUACAACUGAAACCUAUAUUUGAAAAUCCUUGCAAGAUUAUCAUAAUUGGACUUUAUUAUCAGAGUUCAUUCACCAACUUCCCUAAUCUUUCCUAAAUAUCACAAGAGUCCUUCCAUGGCUACCGAAGAAUACGUCACCGACUCUAGUUCGGAUUUUACUGAGUAUUGGAUUGACUUGUUUUUGGGAAUCAAAGGCAACGAGUACUUCUGCGAUGUCGAUGACGAAUACAUAAGAGACCGUUUCAACCUCACAGGGUUGAAUCAGGAGGUGAGCAAAUUGCCUACAUUGAUAGACAUAAUAACUGAUCUCGUAGAUAUCGAGCUGCAGCCGGAAGAACACCGUGAUACCUUGGAACAUAACGCUAGAAUCCUAUACGGCUUAAUUCAUGCCAGAUACAUCUUGACGUCACGCGGGUUGAAUAAGAUGUUUGAAAAGUAUAGGAAUGGAGACUUCGGCUACUGUCCCCGAGUUCACUGUCAGUUGCAUCCAUUAUUACCUAUUGGCUUGAACGACCAGCCUAGGUUAAACUCAGUAAAAUUGUACUGUGCCAAAUGUGAGGAUCUUUUCAAUCCCAAGUCGGCAAGACACUCAGUUAUUGACGGGGCCUAUUUCGGCACGUCAUUCCCAGCCAUGUUCUUCCAAAACUUUCCUCAAGUGAUACCUAUUCAUUCCAAGGAAACCUACGUUCCCAAGGUAUUUGGAUUCAAGUUGCAUGAGUACUCCAAGCUCAACAGAUGGAGAGAGUUGCAGAGAAUCAAGUUGGAAAAAAGGUUGGUCAAGAACGGCGUCCAGAUCUCGAAUGUUGUAGGUGGGUUCGUCACCGACCCUGUCGAAGAUCAUCCCCAAGAGCUCGAGCAAUCGGCUUCUCGUCAAUAGCAUGAACUGUGUAAUAUAGUAUACGUUUAUAGAAAUAGACCUAGAACGUAAG